CCCCUACUCAAGUGUGAAAUGAAUACAUAGUCCCCUUGUGAACCUUCUAAGUAAGAUCUAUGCUACCUUUUACUACCAGGUCGUGGAAAAAAACUACGAGACUCCACCGCCACAUCAGUUCCUUUAACUACUUCACGAACUGUGACCGUGCACUUCUAUUUACGGCUCGUAGAAUUAACUUCACCUCCCACGGCCUAGGAGCACCUAGUACCUGCCCCCACUUCCACUCUGCUGAUUAUCUUUCUUGCGACACCACAGUGACAGGAGGUGUGUCAACAUCAAAACCUAAGUACCCACGACUAUAUUCUUCUAAACUCUUCAGAACCUUCUCCUACGUAACAACGCAGAAACCGGAACGACCGGCGCAGUUUAACAUAGAAAAUGGACCGAAUGCCAGAGGACGAGUAGAGGUUCGCAGUCUACCAGCUGUACGAGCUCCUCUCAAGAACAGCCAGCGCCGGCUGUUCGCGACUGCAGCGACAGCGGUUUCCAGAAAGAAAUCCGCCAAGAACAAAGCGACCCCUACGCCCACGAUGCCGCCGAAGUCGCGAGAUGAAAAGACGAUCGAGGAGCGCUACCAGAAGAAAACGCAGCUGGAGCACAUCCUCCUUCGUCCGGAUAGUUACGUCGGGUCUACGGAAGCCACGAGUGAGAAGAUCCAUGUCAGAAACAAAACGACGGGGGUACUAGUAUGGAUAGUACCUUAUUUCGAUGGAGACACGACAAUCUCUAUCCCUUCGCGCUGCUAUUCCUGUUGAUUCGCCGUGAUAUUUUUUAAGUGCUCGACGUUGUAGUUCAACUUCAAGUACAUUCUAAAAUCUAUGACAUGAUAUAGAUAUGAACAACAAAUAAAAGAAAAAAUCCUCAACUACAGAUUUUCGAGCAGAAGCAAAUUUCGUACGUGCCCGCGCUGUACAAGAUAUUCGACGAGAUAUUGGUGAAUGCCGCGGAUAACUUUCAGCGGGACAAAUCCAUGUCGGAAGUCCGGGUUUGGGUCGACGUCGAGCAGAACAUGAUCCGGAUAAAAAACGACGGUGCGACGCUCCCGGUCCAAAUGCACCAAACCCACAAGGUCUACGUCCCGGAGAUGGUGUUCGGCCACCUGCUCACUUCCGACAACUACGACGACAGCGAGAAGAAAGUCGUCGGCGGAAGGAACGGGUACGGCGCGAAGCUCGCGAACAUUUUCAGCACGAAGUUCACGAUCGAGUGUUGCGACUGGAAGACGAAGAAGCUGUACUACCAGGAAUUUCUGGAUAACAUGCACACGAAGGGCAAGCCGGACAUUCAGAAAAUCGGGGUGGAUUCCCAUCCGAGCAAAACCUCGCACACGAUCGUCACGUUCUACCCGGACCUGCAGAAAUUCGGGAUGAAGAAGCUGGACAAGGACAUCGUGGCGCUGUUCGAACGGCGCGUGUACGACAUUGCGGGCACGACGAACGAAAAAGUGAAGGUUUAUUACAACGACGAGCCCAUACCGGUGAAAAGCUUCAAGGACUACGUGGACCUGUAUCUGCCCGGCGCCGACGCCGCGUCCGCCGCGUCCUCCGACGAGAGCGGAACCGUGAAGAUCUACGAGAAGUGCGGGGAGCGGUGGGAAAUCGCUAUGUCGAUCUCCGACAGCGGGCAGUUUCAGCAAGUGUCGUUUGUCAAUUCCAUCAACACGCUGAAGGGCGGGACGCACGUGGCGCAUGUAACCGACCAGCUGGUGGAGACGAUCAGUAAGAAGGUGAACAAGGAGAAUAAGUCCGGGAUGGACAUCAAGCCCGCGCACAUCCGGAACCAUCUGAUGGUCUUUGUGAACAGUCUGAUCGAGAACCCGGCGUUCGACUCGCAAACGAAGGAGACCAUGAAAACGAACCAGUCCAAGUUCGGGUCUGUGUGUAAAAUUUCGAAGAAAUUCGACGACCUGGUGCUGAAAUCCGGGGUCUGCGACUUGAUCAUGCAGUGGGCGAAGGCAAAGGAGAAGAUCGAUUUGGGCCGGCAGGUGAAGGCGAAGAACGUGAAAAGGCUGGUCGGCAUUCCGAAGUUGGAGGACGCGAACGACGCGGGCGGGAAGGAUUCGGAAGACUGCACGCUCAUCCUGACCGAGGGAGACUCCGCGAAAGCGCUCGCGGUCGCCGGGUUGUCGGUGGUGGGCCGGGACAAGUUUGGGGUCUUCCCGCUGAAGGGAAAACCGUUGAACGUGCGAGAAGCGACGCACCAGGCGGUGAUGAAGAACGAGGAGAUCCUAUCCUGAGUGAAAACGUACCCACACCGGAGUCCGGAUGGGGAUUUUGCAACACAAACCUAGGGGCUUUGUGAGUCACGCAUGACAAGUUGCACUCUGCAGUGUAGUUCAGGUUAGCAAGUGCAGCCGCAUCACAGAUUCAUCUGCUCAUCCUGUUCACAGCAUCACAAAUUCCAAAACACGAUCGAAAAUGGCUCUCAUGGGGAUGCGCAUUACAAGUCUUCCUGUCUUUGCAAAUCUGAAUUACAGCUCUGGCGUGGGUACGUUUUUACUCAGGAUAGAUCCAGAACGUGAUGAAGAUCAUCGGGCUGGUAUCCUGUGCAAAAGUAUCGUAGUCGUACUAAUUGCAAAGAUGCAUGACAAAUCUCCUGCCUAAGGUAAAACAGCAUUACAAAUUCCACUUUUCUUCUUGCCAAAAUUUGUAUUGCGAUUUAUACUAGUACGAUACUUUUGCAAUGCAUAGCUGGACAUCCGGGACAACGACCGGGCGGACACGAAGGGGUUACGCUACGGCUCCAUCAUGAUCAUGGCGGAUCAGGAUUUCGACGGGUCGCACAUCAAGGGCUUGUUUCUCAACUUACUGGAGCACUGGUUUCCGAACCUGCUCAAAUUGCCCGGGUUCGUGCGGGAGUUCAUCACGCCGAUUGUGAAGGUGGAGAAAAGCGGAGUGAAAAAGAGCUUUUUCACCGUGGGGGAGUACGAAGCGUGGAAGCAACUGAACAACAACGGGAAGGGAUGGAACAUGAAGUAUUUUUGGGAUAAUUCUCAUGUUGCUUAUUCUGCAUGACGCAUGUUUUCUACCGUGUACCAUGCUAUUCUUUUUCUUUCAGCAUGACAAGCGUAGUUAAAGUUAUGAUUGAAGUUCGGAAUAAAGUUUGUGACGCUUUGUGUACUACGUCAAAGUGUACUGUAAAUUUGCAUUGCAUAUUUGUUUCACACAUGAUCAUCUAUCAGGUACUACAAGGGUCUGGGUACGUCCACGUCCAAAGAGGCAAAGGAGUACUUCCGCAACAUUGAGGACCAUGGCAUGACCUUCGACUGGUCCGAGGGCACGGGGGAGGCUUUGGACCUGGCCUUCAACAAGAAGCGCGCGGACGAUCGAAAAGACUGGAUGAUGCAGCACGUCGAGGGGGAGUACGUCGACCACACGCAGCCGUCUGUUUCCUACAAAGACUUCAUCGACAAGGAAUACGUGCUGUUCUGCAAGUACGACAUCUACCGCAUGAUUCCGAACUUGAUGGACGGGUUGAAGCCCUCGCAGCGCAAAGUUCUCUUCUCCUGCUUCAAGCGAAAGUUAACCAAGGACGUCAAAGUCGCCCAAUUGUCCGGUUACGUUUCGGAACACGCGGCCUACCACCACGGCGAGGUCUCCCUGCAGGGUACCAUCGUGAACAUGGCGCAGGACUUCGUCGGGAGCAAUAACGUGAAUUUGCUGGUCCCCUCCGGUCAGUUCGGUACACGGUUGCAAGGCGGGAAGGACGCGGCGAGUGCGCGUUACAUCUUCACGAGGCUCGACCCGGUGGCGCGGAAAAUCUACCACCCAGACGACGACGCGCUGUUGGAGUAUCAGGACGACGAUGGGCAGAAAAUUGAGCCGAAAAACUACUAUCCGAUCAUCCCCAUGGUUUUGUGCAACGGCGCCGAGGGGAUUGGUACCGGGUGGUCAACCUUCGUGCCGAACUACAAUCCAAGAGAUCUGAUCAACUGCGUGAAAGCCUACUUGACAAAAAAACCCUUCCCGAAAAACAUCGAACCCUGGUACCGGAAUUUCAAGGGCGAGAUCCAAAUGUCCGAGGAGAAGAAAGCCUACGAGGUAAAGGGCACGAUUUUGGUCAGCGGGAACACGGUGACGAUUAAGGAACUGCCGAUCAAAAAAUGGACGCAGGAUUACAAGGAGCAACUGCAAAAGAUGCUCCCGGCGGCGCAGGACGACGCGAGCAAGGCGCUGAUCCAAGACUUCCGGGAGUACCACACAGAAUCGACCGUGCACUUCGUCAUCACAUUGAACGAAGCGCAACUGGAAAAGGCGCAGGACAAGGGAUUGAUGAACUACUUCCGGUUAACCACCAGCCUUUCCUGCCAGAAUCUGGUGCUGUGGUCGCCCGAGGGGAAUAUCAAACGGUACGAGGAGGCGUUGGACAUCGUGAAGGCGUUUUGCCCCGUGCGAUUGGAGUAUUACCACAAGAGGAAGAAGAACUUGCUGGUGAAAUUACGGCGCGAGUGCGAGAUUUUGCGACAGAAAGUGCGGUUUAUCGAGAUGGUCAUCGAGGGAAGCCUGAUCGUCGCGAAGAAAAAGAAGGAUAAACUUCUCGCGGAAUUACACGAGAAGGGCUUUUUGACCAAACGGGCGAUCAACGCAAAAUACUUCGACGAAUUCACGUCGCACGGAGUUGCGGAACAGUUAGAAGAGCAGGAGAACGAGGGGCAGGCGGCUGGUGCGGCUGCUGGCGGAGGUCACGGGCAGGGGUACGAGUACCUGCUCAGCAUGACGCUCUGGAGCCUUACGCAGGAAAAGGCGGCGGAACUGCGUAUUGAAGAAUUUAUUUGAUGUUGAGAUUUUGGUCGCUAAUACUAAUACAUAGUAACUUUGCUUGGCUCCACCUCCGUGGAUGUGUGCGCUUGGCUUGUUUGUCGUGGUUAAGCAUGUAUAUGAUCUUCAUCAUGUAUUUGAGUUAAGCGGGAAGAUGCAGAAUUUUUUUUCAUGCAGUUUGUAUCUCAGUUUAAAUUUUCAUUUUGAAUAUAGAGUCUUCGUUACUGUACAUCAUCUUAAUUUCCCAACACAACAGGCGGGCAGUUCGAAGAGAAAGAGCGCGAGGUGAACACGCUCGAAAAGACCGCGCCGGAAGAGAUCUGGACCCGAGACCUGGACGACCUGGUGAAAACGCUUUCCGAACUCGACGCGAAAGACAAAAUCCUGCGGGAAGAGGAGCAGAGGCUCUCCAAAACGAAUAAGAAAGGCAAAGCGUUGUCCCGCGAAGACGUCACGAGAAGAAAAAACCUGGCGGCGAAAAGGCGAAAACAGGAAAUCAAAAAGGAAGACGUUCCGGAUUCGGACUCCGAGGAUUCAUAUCAAAUGCAAAUAUGUCUGGGUCUGGAUGAGUGCGCGAGUUUGUCUGUCAUGCUGUUUUUGCAUGACACAGAAGGUCUAUCAUGGAAGCCCUAGCAUCAUAGAUUUCGACAAGCUUUCGCAAUGCCGAAUCCGCAUGACAGAUCCCCCCAUUAGGGGGGACAGGAAAUGGCCAUCGUUUGCUGUCUAUGCAAAUGCAUGAGAAGAUUUGUGGGCGUUGUGAAAUGCGCAGCACAAGUUCGCAUCCAUCCAAACCCAGACAUAUUUGCAAUGCAUAAUUCACCGAAGAAUGCGAAGAGGAAAAAGCUGGACGAGGAAACCAUCAAGCAGGUUUUGAAAACGCCGACGAAAGAAGAAACGCAGAGAGAGUACAUCGCAAGAUUACAGGCAAGGCAGAAGGCCCGGAGAAUAGAAGUGCAGAACCAGGGCGCGAGAAGGGAUAUGGCAAGGGAAAAUCCCCCCGCUCCAUAGUGAAACUGAAAACGCAUCCGUCUGAAAAUUUGCGAUGCAGAUUUGAGACCACAAAUCGUGCCUGUCUUGCAGGAAGCCAAGCGCAGGCUCUCCGCUGCGUUAUGCAGGCGAUUUGUAACGCUGUAAGGACUUCUACAGGGCGGCCGCCUACCAUGUUGCUAGGCGCCUGCACCAAAAGGCUCCUACCUAGGCCUGCGAUCUGCGUGCAGUUCUCUACUGCAAGACCAAGCUGAUUUGUGUACGCAGAUCCAGCAUCACAGAUUUCCUCUUCGAUAUGGGGACGGGGGAUUUUUCCUUUUGAUAAGAGAAGCCGCGUUUUUACAGGCGACGCAAACCGCGAACCGACAGUCGGUCAGCGUGAGCGGAGGCGGGGCCGGCGCUGCAAGCUCUUCGGCGGUCAUGGGCAAUGGGCCCGCGCCGAUGGACGUCAGUUGA